CGGGACGCUAGCAUUUUAUUAUUUAUUUUCCUCAGUAAAUAUAAAACUUUUCAUUUAUCAUUGCGCGUAUAUAUCUACAAAAUAUGGACUUUUGGAAUCUGCAAACAUAUUCAGUCAACGGAAAGGUUGUAGUUAUAACAGGUGGGCUGGGCGCCAUUGGCAAGGCGCUAGCGCUGCGGCUGGCUGAGCUGGGUGCGUGCGUGGCCCUGGUGGACAUUGCGCCCGACAAGGAUGGUCAGUUGUUUUGCGCCGAGAUCAACAGACGCUUUGGUCAGACGGUAGCAGCGUAUCUCACCGCUGAUUUGCGGCGCAAGGAUGACAUUGCACACAUGCUUGAGUGGGCGUACACACAUUUUGGACAUCUAGAUGUGCUAAUUAAUAACGCUGGAGUUGCCUCGCCAGCGAUGCUGUACGAAGGCGAGACAUUCGACCAGAUAUCCGCAAUCCUUGACAUUAACCUGCGCGCACCCAUCGAGGCGACCCGCCUGUUUGUAAAAUAUCUGACCGAGAAGCAGCGGCAGGGUGUGGUUGUCAACAUGGCAUCUAUUGGCGGUCUGGUGCCCAACCGCGGUGGCGAGGUGUACGGUGCAGCCAAAGCAGCGCUGAUUCAUUUGACUCGCGCAAGCCAGUCGCUGGCACCGCAGAUCCGAGUGUCAGCGGUUGCGCCGUACUACGUCAAAACACCAAUGGUGCUAAACAACCCAAAGCUGCAGAACAACAACACAGUAUUUCCGCAGCUCAUGCUUGAUGUCGACCAAGUGUGUGCGGCGACUACGCGAUGCAUCGAGGAUACCACAUCGGCUGGCAAGACAUUUGCAAUGAUUGGUCGAUCGGAGCAUGUGCGCAUGUGGCACUUUGAUUUGGCAGUUGUGCACAUCACGAUUUUGGCCGGAUGGUCGCUGAUGGUUGCUUGUGUGCGCAGGCUGUUGCGAAUCAAAUAGCAAAAUAGUCACUUUUGUUUGGCAAUGCAAUUUAAUACGUGCAAACAUAUAGCAGAUCUGUAGCAAGGCACAUGUGACUAGCCCGUAACGCGACUGUUUGCAGCUUGCGCGUCGUUACGAAUGAC